GAAGAGGGAGCCAGGCAGCCUCGGGGUGGCCUGGCCAGAGUCUGGCGCCAACAAACCUGCACUUUCCGGUUUAGGAAGCCAGGGAUCCGGGAAAGGGAGCGGCGGCGGAGGCGCGGGGCGCGGGCGCCGGGAAGAUGCUGCAGUCCCUGGCCGGCAGCUCGUGCGUGCGCCUGGUGGAGCGGCACCGCUCGGCCUGGUGUUUCGGCUUCCUGGUGCUGGGCUACCUGCUCUACCUGGUGUUCGGCGCCGUGGUCUUCUCGUCCGUGGAGCUGCCUUACGAGGACCUGCUGCGCCAGGAGCUGCGCAAGCUGAAGCGGCGCUUCCUGGAGGAACACGAGUGUCUGUCGGAGCCGCAGCUGGAGCAGUUCCUGGGCCGCGUGCUGGAGGCCAGCAAUUAUGGAGUGUCGGUGCUCAGCAAUGCCUCUGGCAACUGGAACUGGGACUUCACCUCCGCGCUCUUCUUCGCCAGCACCGUGCUCUCCACCACAGGCUACGGCCACACGGUGCCCUUGUCAGAUGGGGGCAAGGCUUUCUGCAUCAUCUACUCUGUCAUCGGCAUCCCAUUCACCCUGCUCUUCCUGACGGCUGUGGUCCAGCGUGUCACCGUGCAUGUCACCCGCAGACCCGUCCUCUACUUCCACAUCCGCUGGGGCUUCUCCAAGCAGGUGGUGGCCAUCGUCCACGCUGUUCUGCUGGGGUUCGUCACCGUGUCCUGCUUCUUCUUCAUCCCAGCCGCUGUGUUCUCCGUGCUGGAGGAUGACUGGAACUUCCUCGAAUCCUUUUACUUCUGCUUCAUCUCGCUGAGCACCAUCGGCCUGGGGGAUUAUGUGCCAGGGGAAGGUUACAACCAGAAGUUCCGGGAGCUGUACAAGAUUGGGAUCACAUGCUACCUUCUCCUCGGACUCAUCGCCAUGUUGGUCGUCCUGGAAACCUUCUGCGAACUCCACGAGCUGAAGAAAUUCAGGAAAAUGUUCUAUGUGAAGAAAGACAAGGAUGAGGAUCAGGUUCACAUCAUGGAGCAUGACCAGCUGUCCUUUUCUUCCAUCACUGAGCAGGCGGCCGGCCUGAAGGAGGAUCAGAAGCAGAACGAGCCUUUCGUGGCCUCCCAGUCACCCCCCUAUGAGGACGGCUCUGCGAACCACUGAGCCCGGGCCGUCAGAUCCCGGAUAUGAGGCAGAGCUUUGACUGUCCAUUUUUACAAGGAAGUCAAAAUCAAGAUAACAUCAUUUUAAGAAAUAUCAAUAUUUUAAAAACAUGGGACUUUGGGCUCUGGAGGUGGGUGUCUAAUCCCUGCACAAAUGAGAUGUGUGCCUGUAAUUCAUAGGAGACACAUCACCUGGACAUCACGGAUACUUGAAGCAGUGUGCUGCAGAGGGUGGGAGCAGAUUUUAUAUAUAACCAGGGACUCUGGGUUUGCAUUCCAAUCAUUUUUGCUGACAGCUAAAUAGCAACAUUUAUAUUUAAAAUAAAUAGAGAGAGAUGUAUUUUAUAAAUAGGCUUAAGUGUCCUGGCUUGCAUGUACCUAUCCAAAAUGAUUAUUUUUGUAGGAUCUAAAUUAACGUUAUUUAUAAUAAAUAGGUUAUCAUCCACUGUGUACAUAGAACGUAUAAAUAUGUUUAUACCCUGUACUUACGUGUAGGCUACCAGAUCUCCCUGUACUCCUUAAGCAAAGAUAAGGAAUAUUUUUUUCUUUUCGAUUUCUCUUUAUACUAAAGAACUCAGAAUUGCCACAACAAGCUAGAAGGCAUACGAAACCCAAGAGAAAAUCAGUAUGAUAUUAUAUUACCGUAUUUGUCUCUGCCUUCUUACGAUGGUGUGGGGCCAGAUGGCCAGUGAGGAAGAGGACUUGUGAGAAGGGGAAGAUAUUUGGUCUGGAAGAGUCACCGCUGUUUCUACCCACCCCACAGUAAAGCACAGGACACAGCGUCAAUGCCCCCAACGAACAGAUUACGUCAGGCUGAUCUGAGCAGUCUACAUGUAGAAGCUGAAGUCAAUAAAAUCAUGGCAGGUCGCA